AUUCUGGUAUCACCCCCACCCCACCAGCACCGCACCACCAAACAAAGCACAUCAACAAACAAACUCACAACACAAGUUUUGCUUCAAACCAGCCAGAUAUGCUUUACAUCCAUCACACAUCACACAAACGGCUGAGACAACAACACCCUUCGAUCUGAUCCUUCAAUUUCCAAAUCCCAAUUAUCAUCCCCUCUUUGCGCCAAUCAACGACCCCACACACUAUUUCUCUCUCUCUCUCUCUCUCUUAAACCCCCUUCUUUCUCUCUCCCUCAUUUCUUGCCAUGCCAGCUUCUCCUUCAGAUAACCGAGCCAAAUGGAGGAAACGGAAGAGAGAAUCACGAAUCAACCAGCGUCAACAGAAGCUUCAAGAGGAAGAAGAAGACGACGACGAAGAAAAUCCCAAUGCCGACGAAGACCACGACCGCGACUACGAUUCCGACGACCAACACCACCCUAAUUCUCAACCUCAACAAGAAAUUGAAGUUCUCUCUGAUCACGCUGUUCAGAUUUCGCAGUUUCCAAUGGUAAUUAAGCGUGCUGUCAAUCGUCCACACUCUUCUGUAACCGCAAUUGUUGCUCUUGAACGAGCUAUGGAGUUGGGAGAUAGUAAAGCUCAGCUUCAGAACACUCCGUUUCUGGAGAAUGUUUCACAUGGACAGCUUCAAGCGCUUUCGGCUGUUCCUUCUGAUAGUCUUGCUUUGGAUCAGGAUCGUGCUGAGUCUUCUUAUGUUAUUACUCCGCCUCCGAUUUUGGAAGGACGUGGUGUUGUUAAACGGUUUGGAAGCAGGGUUCUUGUGCUUCCAAUGCAUUCAGAUUGGUUUUCACCUGGAACAGUACACCGGCUAGAGAGACAAGCAGUGCCGCAUUUCUUUUCAGGGAAAUCUCAGGAUCUUACUCCUGAGAAGUAUAUGGAAUGUAGGAAUUAUAUUGUUGCACUAUAUAUGGAGGAACCGGGGAAGAGGAUUACCGCGUCUGAUUGCCAGGGAUUGCAGGUUGGAGUUGGUCAUGAAGAUUUGACUCGAAUUGUUAGGUUUCUUGAUCAUUGGGGAAUUAUAAAUUACUGUGCUCGGACGCCAAGUCAUGAGCCUCCAAAUGCCGUGUCUUGUUUGAAGGAGGAUACUAGUGGAGAGAUCCGUGUGCCGUCAGAGGCCUUGAAGUCUAUAGAUAGUUUGAUUAAAUUUGAUAAGACAAACUGCAAGCUCAAAGCAGAAGAAAUUUAUUCACCGUUGACAAUGCAUAGUGGUGAUGUCCCUGAUCUGGACAGCAGAAUAAGAGAGCACCUGUCUGAAAAUCAUUGCAAUUAUUGUUCUUGUCCUCUUCCUGCUGUAUACUAUCAGUCUCAAAAAGAGGUUGAUAUUUUACUCUGCACUGAUUGCUUUCAUGAUGGAAAAUUUGUCGUUGGUCAUUCAAGUAUAGAUUUUUUAAGGGUGGAUUCAUCAAGGGAUUAUGGUGAACUAGAUGUUGAAAGUUGGACUGAUCAAGAAACUUUGUUGCUGCUCGAAGCAAUGGAGAUUUACCAUGAGAAUUGGAAUGAAAUUGCUGAGCACGUUGGUACCAAAUCAAAAGCACAAUGCAUUCUUCAUUUUCUUCGUCUACCCAUGGAAGAUGGAAAAUUGGAAAAUAUCAAUGUUCCAAGCAUGUCUGUGUCAUCCAAUGUGAUGAAUAGAGAUGAUAAUGGAAGAUCACACCAUUACUCAAACGGAGAUUCGGCAGGACCUGUACAUCAUAUCAGAGAUUCCGACAGCCGCCUGCCUUUUGCCAAUUCUGGAAAUCCUGUUAUGGCUCUGGUUGCCUUUUUAGCCUCUGCGGUUGGACCAAGAGUAGCAGCUUCUUGUGCUCACGCGGCAUUAUCAGUAAUGUCGGAGGAUAAUACUGGCUCCCAGACUGAAUCAUCAGGACAUGAUAAUAGGACAAAUCCAGAAAACACACAUUCUAGAGAUGGUGGCUCUCGAGGAGAAACUGCAAUUUCAAAUAAUCAUAAUGAGGAUAAGGCAAAAGCACCUUGUUCGCGGGAGCAAAGUGAGGGUAGGACAACCCCACUCUCUGCUGAAAAAGUUAAAGAUGCAGCUAAAGCAGGCCUCUCUGCUGCAGCAAUGAAAGCUAAAUUGUUUGCCGAUCACGAAGAACGAGAAAUCCAGAGAUUAUGUGCUAAUAUAAUUAACCAUCAGUUGAAAAGAUUGGAAUUGAAGCUGAAACAGUUUGCAGAAAUUGAAACAUUGUUGAUGAAGGAAUGCGAGCAAGUGGAAAGAGCAAAACAAAGGUUUGCCGCAGAACGCACCCGCGUUAUAUCAGCACGUUUUGGAACUGCAGGAACUACACCUGCAAUGAAUGCAUCAGGUGUUGGUCCUUCAAUGGCUAGUAAUGGCAAUAAUAGGCAACAAAUGAUCUCUGCUUCUCCCUCACAGCCCAGCAUCUCAGGGUAUGGUAACAACCAGCCAAUUCAUCCACACAUGUCCUUUGCCCAAAGACCUUCAAUGUUUGGGUUGGGGCAAAGGUUGCCCCUAUCUAUGAUACAACAAUCACAAUCAGCUUCUUCAGCUCCCAUGUUCAAUGCCCCUAGUAAUGUGCAGCCUGGUACCAAUCAUCCAUUGUUGAGGCCUGUGUCAGGAACUAAUUCUGGUUUAGGAUAAUUAGGGGGAGUAGAUGUAAGUUUUGGAACUUCAAUGGUGCAGUUUUAUUUGGUCAUUGAGUGGAUGUGCCGAGAAAGUUAUUUAGCUUAUUGAGCCUGUAAUUGUUUGCAGUUGAUUGUGAAACUGUUGUUUAAAAGGAAAUAAGUAGCAUUUGAUAUUCUAUAGUUUUAGUUACUUUCAUGUUGACUAUAGGCACGAUGAAAAUUUAUUGUUUCAAGUGUCACAAAUCUUGUUUAGUUAGAUUGCAUACAAAUCCAACUACUUGGAUGAAAAAUGAAAAGGCUAUGGGGACAUCUCCGCUACCUGUGCUGUUGUAUAGUAUUGUCAAUGCUUGGUUAUUAUGCUUUUAUGUUGCGGUUUC